CCCUCGAGUUUCUACGCUUAAAAUCAGUGUCGACUACAUUAUUGCGACUUGAUAAUAUGGAGUUAACUGGCACCCGCAGUGUUGAAAAUGGUAAUGAUGAAGUCGAUUCAAAAAUUCUCAAGCAAAUAGAGUACUAUUUCAGUGACAUAAACAUUAAAUAUGAUAAAUUCUUACAAAAUAAAUUAAAAGCAGAUGAUGGUUGGGUUGAAAUCAGUGUUUUAUUAACUUUUAAGCGAUUAGCUUCUAUUUCUAAGAAUCCUAUGGUAAUUGCUCAUGCAAUUCAGAAAGCUACAAACAGUAUUGUAGAAGUAAAUGAAAAUAAGGACAAGAUAAGACGUAAACCUGAAAAUGUUGUACCUGUUACCGAUGACGAAUAUCUAAAUGAAAUGAUUAAGCGAUCUAUUUACUGUACAGGUUUCCCUAAAACAGCAACUUUAGAUGAGCUACUGAAUUAUGCUGCAUCUUUGAAUGAUUUUAACAUAACCAAAGUUACCCCUAGAAAAUUAAAGACAAAAGAGUUCAGAGGUAUUCUUUAUUUCACUUUUGAAACUGAAGAGCAAGCUGAAGCAUUUUUAAAACUCGAAUGUGUUAAAUAUGGAGAUGUAAAAUUGGAAAGAAAGUGGGCAAAAGAUAUCUUAGACAUUUUUCCUGAGGAAAAAUGCUCUUUACUUACCCAUAAGGGUUUAUUUAAACGCUAUUACGUAUAGAAUAAAAUACAUGUAGUUCUUGCACAUUGAUUAUUCUUAAGAAAAAAUGUUAAGAUGUUUAUUAAAGAAUAAUAUAAUUCAUAAAUUGUUAUCAUUAGUUAUUAA